CUGCGAUACAACAACCGGUUAUUUAAUUUUUUCCUUUUAUUGAGCUUAUUUGCAUGAAAAAGCACAAGUAAUGGCUUCUGAAUUGGGAUCAACCGUUGCAGCUCUAUCGUCAGCAGAAAUCUGCUCAGAACGGAAAAGUUCAUGUCUGGAAGCAAGAAAGAAAUGCAAUUCAAUUUUCAGAGUCAGCUUGCAAUGGAGAAUUCUGAAUGUUCUAACUUUCUCAGUUUGCACUAUUGUUCUACUGUACCAGUCAAGUGAGUUCUUGAAGCGAUUCUACGAAUAUCCAACCAAUAUCAAAAUCGAAAAAACUUCAUUUUCAACACGAGAUACAUUUCCUAUACCUGCUUUUACUGUAUGCUACGAGAACACCUCCAGAAACAAGUUCUGCGACCAAUACUCUUCACUGUGUCAGAACGUCUCUACUCCCUCAUAUAAUUUCUGUUUCCAUUAUAUUUAUUUAUGUGAUGGAACUGGCUUUUCACGGCUUCCGAUGCUUGGGUUCUACACAGAUAAUGAUGCAGAUACAAUACAUUCGAAAGCAAUAGAGCUGGUGACUAACGACAGCUAUACUGUUCCUUUUUUAAUUAAGCCUAACCCAAGGACUUUGAAAACUUCAUUUGUAAAAAUUGAAGGUGAAAGGUUUGCUAAGUGUUAUAGUGAUAAUUUGCAUUUGAACGACAAUGAAAAAGAGCGGAUUUUUGAGAAACGAGGUGUGCAAGUCCAUUCCGCUGAGGUUCUGUUCGAUAUUCAUUUGAAUAUCGUAGCAACAGAGGUUCUUUUUCAACCUUGGAUUUUUCCGCACGCAUACUUCGCUAUUCAUAGUCCAUUCGAGCCAAUCAACCCCGUGCACAGUGGGGAACGUCUGAGACUCGGAAAACAUUACUUUGUAACAGUGACUCGUUUAGAAGAAGAUCAUUUGCUUCCUUAUCCUUAUCAAACAGAUUGCAUGGAUUACGAAGGACUGAACAAAGAGAACAACAUGACAGGACCCCGUUCACAAGAAAUUUGCUUAGAUUUAUGCAGGGCAGAGUAUUAUAAAAAAUGCAGAGAUUGUAACGCAGGUCUAAGAAUGUACGAAACUCUCGACAAUUAUUGUGGAGAAUACGACGAAUGUUUUUAUGACAUAUUUGAAGACAUGUCAAAGAUAACGGAAAAAUGUCAUGCAAAAUGUAAACCAGACUGUAGGAAGCUGAAAUAUCAUUAUAAGAUUGCAAAAUUUACUAUACACGAAAAGACGAAUAGAUCGAUUACAGCUCAAGAACUUUUGGCAAGAGGACACCCUAUGAAUAUCCAAGUGAGCAUCCGGAAUCCAGACAUAUUUGUACUUUCUCAUGUUCCAAUGUUUAGUAGCGAGGAGCUGUUCAGCUACAUAGGUGGCUUAAUGGGCUGCUGGCUAGGUGUCUCAGUGUGGUCUUUUACUGAUAUCAUAGAGAAGAAUUUCCGAAAAAUUCAGAAUUUUAAAAGGGGCUUAAGAAGGAGAGGAAAGCAAACAACCACAGAACAAGAAAAAACCAUGUAAUAAAUACUUAGCUUGUAAGAUAAAUUUCCUUUUCAAAUAAAAGCUAAAUGGCAAACGCUCGAAAUUAACACAAAAAAUAAUUGCUAUACUUUUUAAAUUCAUGAUGCUGGAGUCAGCAUGUUUUAUAAACUUUGAAAUCGAACCAUUCGAUAAGGGAGAUUAUGUGACAUAAGUUAAAACACUUUUCAUCAUCUAUAAUUUUCAGAAAAAUUACUUUUUCUCUUUCAAUAUAUGAUUUCCUGUUUCCAGUCCAACAAAAAAAGUAUGAAUUGUUCCAAAUUGAAUCUAUUGUCUUUUAUAUGAUUAUCUUAGUUUUAAAUUCAAAAACUGUUAGUUUUUAAAAACAUAUCUCUUUAUUAUGUAAUUUUAAUGAUAAGA